AUGGACGCGCAGUCAAUGCUCCAAGGUCUAGCCGCCCUCGAAGAGGCCGCUCUUAUCGAGGUUCUCAAGGAAACUCUGCAAGGAAGACCAGAGCUCGCGCCUGGUCUUGUGAACAGCGCUGUUCCAGAUCUAACCUACGCACCUGCGGACGCGAUCAUCAAGCGACGCGCGACUGGCAGAUUGGGAUCCAUUCAGGCCACAGGAUGCGGCUCCAUUGACUGCCCCGAGCUGAAGGCCGUCUUUGGCCAUGACAUCGCUGUCCAUAAGAAUCAGGUGGGCAGCCUUCUGCCUGGCACAGACAAGGAGAUGAAGCCGCAAGCCUUCGACCUGCAGCCAACACGCCCAUCGCACUUGGGGAAGGGCAUGGGCAAGGCUCGCGUACACCUCAACGGUGGCCCACUGAACGCUUUCGUUGGCGCAGGCUUCUGGAGUCCCGCUGCGAGCAGGACGCCUGGGUUGCUGAGAGGAGCUGGCAAGGGCUCAUUCUAA